CGGGAGCGCGCGGCCGCCUCGGGAGCGCGCCCGGCCCGAGGAUGCGCCCGGCGGGACAACCCCGGUGGCCCGGCCGGGCACAGGGUGUUCCCGCUGCUGCUGUCCCCGCACGGUCCUCGCUGCCACCUUCGGCCUCGGGCGGCACCUGUGGGAAGAGCCGUGCCUGGAGCGGGGCCGUGGCUGCCGUGCUGCGGAGCAGGAAGGACAGAGCGCUGUGCCGGGCUUGUCUCCAGGUGUGCUGGGAGCUCCUUCGGGCUGUGCCCUCGUGGGUUAUCGCACAACCCGCUGGCACUGAAUCAAAAGCACGUUUAGUAAAGAAAGCACGAGCUGUGGAUGGAGCACCGAGCUGAGGAGCCAAACCUUUUACUGAAGGCCUGUGUGUAGACCCUGAUGCUUGAAUGAAUGAAUGAAUGAAGAAUGAAAAUGCUCCCUGGAGUGGGUGUGUUUGGAACUGGUAGUGCUGCCCGGGUCCUGGUGCCCCUGCUGAGGGCAGAAGGCUUCUCCAUUGAAGCUCUUUGGGGCAAGACUGAGGAGGAGGCCAAGCAGCUGGCAGAGGAAAUGAACAUCUCCUUCUACACGAGCCGCACCGACGACGUCCUGCUGCACCAGGACGUGGAUUUGGUCUGCAUCAACAUCCCUCCACCCCUGACUCGGCAGAUUGCUGUCAAGGCUCUAGGAAUAGGGAAGAACGUGCUGUGUGAGAAAGCUGCUACCUCUGUGGAUGCCUUCAGGAUGGUGACAGCUGCCAGGUACUACCCUAAGCUGAUGAGCAUCGUUGGCAACGUGCUGCGGUUCCUGCCCGCCUUCGUGAAGAUGAAGCAGCUGAUAGAGGAGCACUACGUGGGCAACGUCAUCGUCUGCGACGUGCGGGUCUACGGGGGCAGCCUGCUCAGCCCCCAGUACAGCUGGAUCUGCGACGAGCUCAUGGGAGGGGGCGGCCUGCACACCAUGGGCACCUACAUCAUCGACCUGCUGAGCCACCUGACCAGCAGGAGGGCUGAGAAGGUGCACGGAUUGCUCAAGACGUUUGUGAAGCAGAACACGGCCAUCAGCGGCAUCCGCCACGUCACCAGCGACGACUUCUGCGUUUUCCAGAUGCUCAUGAGCGACGGCGUGUGCUGCACCGUGACUCUCAACUUCAACAUGCCCGGCUCCUUCACCCACGAGGUCAUGGUCGUGGGCUCUGCCGGCCGCCUCAUAGCGCGUGGCACAGACCUGUACGGGCAGAAGAACUCUGCUCUCCAGGAGGAGCUGCUCUUCACAGACUCCCUGCCUGUCAACAAGGGCCUUCUGGAGAAGGGCUUCAAGGACAUCCCGCUGCUCUACCUGAAAGGAAUGGUGUACAUGGUGCAAGCCCUGAGGCAGUCUUUCCAAGAGCAGGAAGACCGUCGGACGUGGGAUCAUAAACCUGUGGCUAUGGCAGCCUCUUUUGAAGAUGGCCUGUACAUGCAGAGUGUGGUAGAGGCCAUCAAGAAAUCCAGUAGGUCAGGUGAGUGGGAGACUGUGGAGGUGAUGACUGAGGAACCAGAUGCCAACCAAAACCUCUGUGAGGCGCUUCAAAGAAAUAACUUAUGAACAUUCCUACCUUGGAAAAUACUACUUCUGGCUGUAAUGUAAAAAAACAUGGUUUUUAAGAUAUGUAGAUUCUUAUUUAAUAGCCUGAGUUUCUUGGUUUUUUUUAAACAUGUAAAAUAUGUUCUCAUAGGAACAGUUCUGGUUUAAAUUGUUUGAAGAGUUUUAAAUGUUUCUGUUUUUUGCAAACAUUUAAUUUUUGUCUUGGAGACUGGUAGGAAAACUUGAAUUGCCCUUUGCACUUGCAGUAGCUGAAGUGAAUUGUGGGAUCUCUGCCAUUGCAUGGCUUGGAAAUGGGACACAACCCCUGUUGCACAGGUUGCUGAUUUAACCAUGAGAGCACGCAGAGCAAGAUCAGGGAGUAUCUGUUGUUCAGAUGCCUUUUUCCUCUCUCUUGGAGACUGAUUUAUGUUUUAAUCCUCAGUUUGUAAAAUUUUAGAAAAGAGUUCAGUGAUGUAACAAGUCUCUGAACUCCUAUAGGACAAAAAGUAGAAGCAAUGGAUUAAAGUUAGCAACAUACAGAUCAGCCUUUUGGCUUCCUGUAUGUGGUGAAUGUCUUUCAAAUUCAUUCAAACUGAUGUUUUAUUUAAAUGAUACUAUAAUUCUUUGUUGUUGGUGUCUUGGCAGGAAAAUAUUCAGGAAGUCUGUGAUGCAUUUGAGCUAUUCUUCCAUAUCUGUAGACAUUAUUCCUUCUACUCAAGAGGCUGCCUGCAUCCAGCAGCUGUUUUUCCAUAAGCUCAGUGCUUAUGUCAGUUGUGUUUACUGCCUGGCAGCACCAGUGCCGUGCCUGUGGGGCCACGUUCUCAUUGCUGUGACUGUUACUAAAUAAAUGCCUCCCUGGGUCAUGGGACUGCCACAGUGUCCUGGUAACAAAGUUGUACAGCAUGAACCUUUCAGGGACCUGAAAGUGGAAGGAAGGAGGUAUUUCCUACCUCUUGCAGCUCUCUUCAUGUGCUGGCUGGGUAACUGUCACACUACACACAUGCUGAUGGUUGAGAGAACAGGGACUGAACUGCCAUGGGUAAAUGUGCUCUGGAUCUCAAACACUGGCUGUUAACCCUCUGGGCCAGAACAUCUUCCCUCCCUCCUGCAGCUGGUGUCCAGUGGAGAGAUUUGUUGGCAGAUGAUGGGGUGGAAGUUCAUUCCUUUUGAGAAAUGUUUCUCUCUGAGGCAGGUAUGUGGAAAGGAUAGUCUAAUUUUACUACAUUUGUUUUGUGUACUUGAAAGCUUUUUUUAAAAUGUAUUUCCCACUAAAUUGUAACCCUGUGUAUUUAUGUAUAUUAACAUGCACGCUGCUGUUCCAUAAGCUGGACCUUCCUGAAAAGUAUCAUGUUUUCUACAGAAAAUAAAAAGUUGUGUUUGUUGAGGGAA